AUGGUGAACGCUUUUGAUGUUCAGAUCAUUGAGGAACUCAAAGUUAUGUUAGACACUCACAACGCUUUGGUGCAAAGUUAUAGACAAGCUAGAAACUGUUUCAAUGAAAACCCUUACGUUGAUUUGAAGCUUCGUCUUAUUGGUAAAAGAUCCAAAGAUGAUAGAACAUAUAAUCUUCCUGAAGCUUCUGAAGUUGCUGCAUUAGUUAUUGGAGAUUUUACUCAAGCUGUUGAAAAUCGUGAUAUAGUUGUGAAAACCAAAUCUGGUCGACUUGAGCGCAUAAGUGAAUUACAUCCUUCUUAUCUUUCUCUACAAUACCCUCUUCUAUUUCCAUAUGGAGAAGAUAUGUACAGGGUUGGCAUUCUUCAUAGAGGUCUGAAUCUAGACACAAAAAGCAAACGUCCAAUGUGUACUAUGCGUGAGUUCUUUGCAUAUAGAUUACAAGAUCGUGUCGAUAACUUUUCUGUUAUUCAUAAUGCAAAACGUCUUUUCCAGCAAUUUGUUGUUGAUGCUUACACUAUGAUUGAGAGUGAAAGGGACGCAUGUUAUGCGCUAGGGCUUUUGGAUUAUGACAACGAGUACGUUGAAGCUAUUAAAGAAGCUAAUGUGUAUGGAAGCGCUACUUAUCUACGUACGUUAUUUGGAACAAUGCUGAUGUCCGGUAGUUUGUCUGGACCAGAUUUUGUAUGGGAUAAGACAUGGACGUAUUUAUCAGAUGACAUUUUAUAUAGACAAGAAAAACAUUUACAUGUUGAUGAUUUACAUUACUCUGGUGAAGAAAUAAAGAAUUUGGCAUUGUUAGAGAUUGAGAAGUUCUUACUUCGUAAUAACUCAUCGCUGAGAAACUAUUCAAAUAUGCCUUACCCUGAUGAUGAGUCUAUUUCUUCCUCUAACAAUCGAUUGAUCAACGAGGAGUUAUCUUAUGACCAAAAUACUAUGGAAGAUGAGUUGAAUAGUAUGUUAUUACUUUUAACAGAUGAGCAACGUAAUGUUUUUUAUCAGAUUAUUGAAUCUAUUAGAACGAACAAAGGGGGUGUGUUUUUUCUUUACGGAUAUGGUGGCACCGGUAAGACCUUUCUUUGGAAGACAUUGUCAGCAGCAAUUCAGAGUAAUUCUGAAAUUGUUUUAAAUGUUGCUUCAAGUGGUAUAGCUUCUUUGUUACUUUCAGGAGGUCGUACAUCCCAUUCUCGGUUCUCCAUCUCUCUGAAUCUAAAUGAGGAUUCUAUUUGCCGCAUGAAGCCUGGAUCUGAAGUUGCGUAUCUUUUUAAAAAAACACAACUUAUUAUAUGGAAUGAGGCUCCAAUGAUUCAUAAACAUGCCUUUGAAGCAUUGGAUAGAACCUUAAAAGAUAUAUUGAUGCCUGAUUGUUCAAAUAGCGAAGCUUUACCAUUUGGAGGAAAGGUAAUUGUAUUUGGUGGUGACUUUAGACAGAUUCUUUCUGUUGUUCCAAAUGGCUCUAGACAAGAUAUCGUGAAUGCUUCACUGAGUUCGUCAUAUAUAUGGAAUAACUGCAAGUUACUAACGCUAACAAAAAACAUGAGGCUAACUGUUGGCAUGAAUGAUGGUGAUAUUGACAAGACGAAACAGUUUGCUAAAUGGCUUUUGGAUAUUGGCGAGGGAAAACUUGGUGGUCGCAACGACGGGGAAGCUGUUAUUGAUAUACCUCAAGAACUGUUGAUUACUGAUUCGACUAACCCUAUCGGUAGUCUGAUCAACUUUGUGUAUCCUUCAAUACUUGAAUCGUUCAAUGAUCCAAAUUAUUUUCAAGAAAGAGCCAUACUUGCUCCAAAGAAUGAUGUUGUUAACGAGAUAAAUGAUACCUUAUUAGCAAUGUUUCCUGGUGAUCAUAAAGAGUAUCUAAGUUUAGAUUCUAUCUGCCAAUCUGAGAAUGUAAAUGACAAUAUUCGACACAAUGUUUACCCCCCCCCCGAUGUUCUAAAUGGUCUCAAAGUUUCAGGAAUGCCGAAUCAUAAGUUGGUAUUAAAAGUUGGUGUUCCCAUCAUGCUUUUACGUAACCUUGAUCAGAAAAACGGUCUGUGCAAUGGUACAAGAUUACAAGUCAUUAGACUUGGCGGAUUAUUGAAGCAAAAGUUAUUUCUGGGACAGUCAUUAUCGAAGGUUGGUUUGUUUCUAAAGCAGCCUGUUUUCACUCACGGACAACUAUAUGUUGCAGCUUCGAGAGUCAAAAGCAUGGAUGGUUUAAGGAUGUUAAUAUUAGACGCUGAUGGGAACGUUACUAAUAAAACUACAAAUGUUGUGUACAAAGAGAUAUUCUCAAAUUUAUAG